CUAGAAUAUCUGCAAGAUCAGUCACUUUAGUAAUGCUCUUAAUUAGAUCACACAGAUCACUGAAUCUUGCUUUCAGAGGUUCACUUGGUAAAGGUUUCCUCUCCUCUGGGAGCACCUUGCCGCUGUUACUGAGCCUACUGAGCAACCUGAAGCUGAUUUCAGAAUGGAGGAAUCUUGCCUGCAGCCAGGAGAGCACAGGAUCUCUCUUGUGACAUCAGACUCAAUAACACGUCCGAGAGCAACAAAUGAUGUCACCGACAAUCUUUGUUUAAUCUGAACAAAAUUGAAGAGGAUUAUUGGAAGCAGAGCCCCUUGCCUGAGUGUAGUGCCACUGGAGCUAACCUCUGCCAACAACUGAGUCACUCAAACCAAAAGCCUUUGUCCUAAAUCUCUGCUUAGCCAACAUAGGAAAGAAGUCAAUCAGAGGGAAGGUACCAGGACGAUACGAUGACCUCCCCAAACACAACCACCCCGAGCGAUGCCCUUUUUCCAAACCCAGCUUCUCAGGCAAACUGGUGCCCUCCUGCCUGCACCUUCCCUCAUUCCACUGCCCAACACAUAAGUCACCGUGCCAACAAUUACAAGCGGCAUCCAAAGAGACGGAAGUUCAUCCGGCCUUCCCCCCCUCCUCCUCCCAAUACCCCCAUUCCCAUUGAGCUUAUUGACUUCAGUGACAUCCCGCCGCGACACUCCUUCUGGGAACUGCUUUUCAAUGGGUGUAUUCUGUUUGGAAUUGAGUUCAGCUAUGCAAUGGAGACAGCUUAUGUCACCCCUGUCCUCCUACAGAUGGGUUUACCAGAUGAACUGUACGGCAUGGUUUGGUUCAUCAGUCCCAUAUUAGGGUUCCUGGUUCAGCCUGUAUUGGGUGCCUGGAGUGACAGCUGCUGUUCUCCUUUUGGCCGACGCAGACCCUUCAUCCUGGUUCUGGCAAUCGGUGCACUGAUUGGCCUCUCACUACUACUCAAUGGCCAGGACAUUGGUCUUGCUGUUGCUGACACAGUUACUAAUCACAAGUGGGGCAUCAUUCUGACUAUCUGUGGUGUGGUAUUAAUGGAUUUCAGUGCUGACUCAGCAGACAACCCAAGCCAUGCCUACAUGAUGGACGUCUGCUGCCCAGAGGAUCAGGACCGAGGCCUGAAUAUCCAUGCACUCCUGGCAGGUCUGGGAGGAGGAUUCGGUUACAUCAUUGGUGGGAUCAAGUGGGACCAGACAAAUUUUGGAAAAGUGUUAGGAGGUCAGCUUCGGGUUGUAUACAUUUUCACUGCAGUAAUAUUGACCAUAACUACCAUCCUGACACUAACCAGUAUCCCAGAAAAGCGGUUGAACCCACAGGGAAAAAGGAAGAAAGUGAUGAAGAGUCCCAGUCUUGCUCUACCUCCCUCUCCACCGAUGGUGUUGGAAGAAGGUGGAGGCCAGACUGCCAGUCAGAAUACCACUCGGAUGUACACCAGCAUGACCAGUCCCAUUUCCCCACUGAGCCCCCUGACCCCCAAGUAUGGGAGCUUCCUGAGCCGUGACAGCUCUCUGACUGGGAUUAAUGAGUUUGCCUCAUCCUAUGGGACCUCUUACAUUGACACUGUCCUCAUUGACUGUUACACAGGGGUCAAUGAUCAAUAUAUCAGCUUUCCCAGACACACACUGAGUGCAAGUCUUCCCCGGAUACCUGAUGAGGUGGAAAAUGAGGAAAUGGAACCCUCAGUGAUGACUGAGAAUCCAGGGAGUCUGCAGGAUGCCUCACUUGAUGCCACGAGAAACCCAGCAUCAGGAAUUCUCAAAAGACCCGAAACUUUGAGUAUUCCAAACAGCUACCUUGGAAACAGUGGUGACAACAGUCGAAGGAGGACAGUGACCUUCAGUCAACAGGUUGCCAAUAUUUUGCUGAAUGGAGUGAAAUAUGAAACUGACUUGAAUGGAUCAGGGGAAUUAUCGGAAAGACCUCUCUCCAUAUCUUUCUUGUUCUCAUCAAUCUGUCACAUGCCAAAAGUUGUCGGAGUAGCAGAUUCUCGUUUAAUUGCCAGGCAGAAUUUGCAGAUAAAGUACUCCAUUCAAGAUUGCAACGUCUUCAGUGAUUGGAGAGAAGCUGCAAAACGGGAGAAAUUUGCAGAUGCUGUGAUCAUAGCAACUCCAGACAGGCAUCAUAAGGACCCAACAGUGGCAUUUGCAAAGAAGGGCUACCACAUCCUACUGGAGAAACCCAUGGCAGUGACUGUGGAUGAUUGCAAGGAGAUUGUUGCGGUAUGCAAGGAGAAUAAUGUGAUACUUGCAGUCUGCCAUGUACUGAGAUACUCCCCACCAAUUCUGAAGAUACAAGAGCUGCUAUGCCAGGGAGUGAUCGGGGAAGUGGUCCAUUUGCAACAUCUGGAACCUGUGAACCUGGAUAUGGAGAUGAUGGCAGGGGCUGCUGCAGUAUUUAUGAAGCAGUUGUUGGUUGAGCGUGGAUGUUAUCUGCUGUCAUCUUGUUAUGACGGAUUCAAAGUUGAAAAGUCUGCCGGUUGUGAACGCGGUUGGUUUUUAUCACUUUGCUCACUCGUUUGUUCGAGGGAAUUGGAGAAAUGAGCAGGAAAGCACCUUCUCACUAAUGGCAAAAUCUUGUCAUGACAUUGACAUCAUCAACAGUUUGAUGUUUGGAAAGAGGUGAAAAACAUUUACAAAACCAUCCUUGUAGGGGAAGGGGAUAUAUUUGGCACUUACAGAUGUUCGCUUUGAUGGUUGAAGGUCCCAGG